GUGUUUAGUCACAUCACUAGUUAAUCUCAUGUGCGCGAGGCCGAAUCCUUUUCGCUUUGUGCGUUAUAAUUUUUAUAAUAUUUUAGCCUGCGGCUAGUUUUUUUUACUACGACUUGAAUAAGAAAUGACCGCUGAAAACGAACGCGAAAUAUUUCACAAGUUAGAAGCCAUGAAGGAGAUUAGGAAUAAGACGAUCACCCUGGAGCGCCUAAAGCGGAGCAUCCUCACCGAGGUCCGCUCCGGAGACGCCGAGGGCCGCUGCCUGGCGCAGUACAAGCGUGAGAUGGAGCUCCUGCAGCAGGAGAAGAUGAGCCAUGUGGAGGAGCUACGACAGAUUCAUGCUGACAUUAAUGCGAUGGAAACAGUGAUAAAACAGACAGAAGAGUCGAUGUCCCGGAAGUUGUCAGCGGCGUCCCGACUCCACGAGGACUAUCGACCGUUGAAAGCGGAAGUGGAUCUCCUACGGCGGCAGUGCUUAGGGCUGGAGCGACUUCCGGAGUUGCAUGAGGAGGAGGGCAGCCCCGUCACACCAGACCGCUUCCCCUUGCUGUCGGCCCCGGCGGCGCGGCCGGUGCCGUUCCUGGCGCCGGCGCCGGUGCGCAAGCCGCCGCCGCCGCCGCCCGCGUUCAGGUCUGCUCUCGACCAAGAUUUCCUUACCGUCUCGCUGAGGCAACAGCCCCCGCCGAUGAAGUCCUGCCUAUCCUGCCACCAGCAGAUCCACCGCAACGCGCCGAUCUGCCCGCUCUGCAAGGCCAAGUCUCGCUCGCGUAACCCUAAGAAGCCUAAGAAGAAAUAGUCGAACGAUACAUGUCGUUAGUGUUUGCCAGAUUUUGUUUAUUAUAGUCCUGGAGUGAGCCAAAAAUAUGUGCGGUCAAGUUUAUAUAGUCGACUCGAACAAAUAAUAAGGAUCUUAUGCAUUUAUUUACAGCUCGAAAUAUCCGAAAAGCAUUGGGAAGAAGUCUAUUUCAUGUUUAUUUAUCGAAUGAUACUAUAUGUAACAUGUCAGUACAGAUGUACUGCAUGAUUAUUUUUACUUACUUAACUUACUAACGGGACUUGUUAUUUCAGUCAGUCUCGGUCUUAGAGCAUUUAUUAACUGGAGUGGCCAUUAAGAGCUUACCCCUCUGCCGAAAAACUUGCAUAAUUGUGCAAACUUUUGUAUGGACUGACAUGGCUAUUUGUACGUUACGUACGAUUCACGUAGAAAUAGCAAUACAUUUGACGUCCCCUCCCCCGCAAAAAUUGGCCGACUGUUUCGUAAAGAAAAUGACAGCAAUGACAUCUCCAGUUACUAAAUGCUCUAAGGUCUCGGUACAAAAAAUACUGACAUUGACUGAACUAGCAUGACAAAUACGAACGUUUCCAAGAAUACGAUGCAAAACAAUUAUGCACUAACCCUCCUAUUCAUAAAACUUUACGGGCCUGAUUUAGUUAAAUUAUGUUUUAUCCCUUUCUUACAAAUACAUAACUCAAAAUGACAGAUAAAGACAAACGAGUAUUAGCUUAUUGAGAUUUGUAGCGCGUUUAUGAAUAAGGGGGUACAUCUGUAUAUACCGCAUUGUUAAAUCUUGUCAGAUUUAUUAAUAAAUUGCUAUUAUUUGUUUUGAUAGUAACUAAUCCCCCAUUAUUACACUUUACGAUAUGUUUUAGAGUCGAAUGCACAAUUUUUUUUUUUUUGUUAAGUUUUGAAGGAGAUUUCUUUUAUUCAUAUAAAACACGCACGAACUAUUGAACUUACGGUUAGAAUUUUAAUUGUGUGCGAUGGCCUACUGUUUGUAUUAUUCUUCUCCAACCUUUUUCCUUAAAAAACAUGCAUUCAUAUUAUAUGUAAAAAAUGCAUGCCAAGGAAUCACGAUUUUUUUUAAAUAUAAAUACGCAUACAUUUUUCAUGUAUUUUUCAACAAUUUCAAUGUGUGCCAAAUACAUAGUAGGAAAAGGGUAACAAAAUAUAUUUCGUUACAAAUUUCUAGCUGCUUGUCAAUUGGAGGACAUUCUGUUAUUAAUUACUUUAAAUUUGUAAACGUGAAGUUCUAAAUGUAUUAUUGAUUUUACUGCUUAGACCUGCAAUAUUAUAGGGCAUUGAAUGUCAAAAGUAGCGUUGUCCAAUCAAAAUACAUUGAAAUUGUGCCAAUAAUAUUGAUAAAACAUUGUAAACAUCCUUGUUUUCUAUAACGCAUGUAGAUUUUGUAAAUAGUUUUAUAGUGUAAGUGUAGGUUAGGCUAGUAUUAAAUUGUGGAGUCCAAGAGUGGUCUCUACAUAUAAACCAAUAAGCAAGGAUGUGGCCCUGACAUCAAUUCUCCCGUUUAAUUUUAUUUUAUUUCCAAUUAACUACUUUACUAUACUGCAAAACGUAAUUUAAGACCAAAAAAAGUAAGAACAUGUUGACACUUUUUACUAGCGCGUCUUGUAUUUAUGUAAAAAUAAGUAAAUAAAAGUACUUUUUUUAAUCGUAGGAGUAAAAUUACUAAUAAAUAAAUUAUCUUAGCGUGAUUAUUUAUCAAAAGGAAUUUACUAUUUUACAAACAAAUUAUUGCAGUGGCAACAUUGUCUUACUUAUUUUGGUCCUGAAUUACGUUUUGCAGUUUAGAUCUGAGAAAUUAUUCUUAAUAUUUUUCUUACUUACGAAUCUUAUGAUGUGUGUUUAGUCUAACUGCUUACGUGCCUAAGUCUAUAUAAAAGGAUGAAUAUAUAACAAGGACGUAGUUGUAACGGGAGAAUUAUUAGGGUUACCAUAUGUAGUCCUUGUUUUUGGAUACGUAUUGAUGUUAGGAUUUUAGUCAUCGAUCAGUCGCGCUCUGAUUUACCAGUAUUCCGUAUCGUUACUAUAAGCCGACUUGAUAUUGUCUACCAUGCCAAACAUUGCCAUUCUUGGUUGCCGUUCACACAUAUUACAAUUUAAAUAUAGCUAUUUGGCAAAGAAUCACAGCCAUGAGCCAGGAAAUGGCAAGCAAUUUUAUUUCUUUGAAAUGGAAAUACUGCGUAUUACCAUAGAGUAAUAUAAGUAAAGAAAGAGUGGUAACUCCAUACAUCAGUUUUCUUACCAGAACGCGCGUUAUUUCGUAGUCGACAUCUAGCUUCAAGUAGCGGAAUAUAUCAGUACUGCUAGUCGACAUAGUUGUCGCGGCGAACAAAAACUCUAAUGCUCAACAAUAUUCAGCUAAUAUUACAACCGGAUUACUCGAAACUCUAUUUUCAACUCCUUCUGCUUCUAAUAUUAGUUGUAAAUUGUUUUAGCAGUACAUCUUUCGUCAGUAGCGGCACUUGUGCCAUCUGGUGUCAAGUAGCGGUACUGAUAGUUCCACUACUUGACGUUAGAUGUCGGCUACGAAAUAACGCGCGUUUUGGUAAGAAAACUGAUGUAUGGAGUUACAACUGUUUCUUUACUUAUAUUACUCUAUGGUAUUACUCAUCGCACAAAUAGAAUUUCAUUUUAUAUUAUGAGAGGAUGUUAUGUAAAUGUAAAUGACUAUUAUAUAGAACAAACAAAUAACAUUUUCUAGAAUCUCAGGAUAUACCUCAGGCAUUAUUUUGCAUGUUGAAAAGUUGAUGUUUUCUUGCAUUAAAAACACGACAGUUGAGUGUAGGAAUUCUAGUCGAUUGACUACUUCGUUUUAUAAUAUAACUGUAUUUAACAACUAACGAUUACCAGCGAACAUAGAUACAUACAUAAUAAACUAAACAAUAAUAUAAUAUCCUACCUGCCCAGUUACAAUACAACAGCCAUAUUACAAUUUUCUUGUAAAUAGUAGCGUACAGCGCAUUGUGUAUAGCUAUGUUUUUACAAUAAAACGUUCAUAUGUGUCGA